AUUCCUUCGAGUUGAGAGCACGUACUGUAUACACUAUAUCAAAAUGGUACAAGCGAAGAAGAAGUUCAGAGGCGUGAGGCAACGGCGUUGGGGCUCAUGGGUCUCCGAGAUUCGCCACCCAUUGCUGAAGACGAGGGUAUGGCUGGGAACGUUCGAGACGGCGGACGAAGCGGCCAGAGCUUACGACGAAGCCGCCGUCCUCAUGAGCGGCCGCAACGCGAAGACCAACUUCCCCUCUUCAUCACCCGCCGCUAAAACGACGUCCGGUCUGAGCGCCAGGCUGCGGGAAAAGUACUGCGGCAAAACGGUGUUGUCGUCUUCGCUGACUUGCUUAAGGCUGGACGCGGAGAGCUGCCACAUUGGGGUUUGGCAGAAGCGGGCCGGGGACUCGAAAUGGGUGGUGAGGGUUGAUGAUCAUCAGCUUGCUGCUGCUGGAAAGACGGUGGAGGGAAACGGCGGCGGCGGAGGAAGUGGGGAGGACCGGCGGAUGACGGCGGGGAUGGUGGGAGGAGGAGGAGGAGGAGAGCUUGGUGGUGGUUCGUCGGACGACAAGGUAAUUAGUAGUGUGGAAGAAGGAGGAAUGUUAGAAGAAGAGGAAAGGGUUGCAUUGCAAAUGAUAGAGGAGCUUCUUCAUUAACUAAUAUAUAGGGAUUAUAACUAGUUUAACUAAUAAAAAUUAGCGAUUAUUGGUGUCUUGAUUGUUUUACGAAAUUUGAGA